GAUAAAAUCUACGUAUUACUUUUACAUGUCCUUUGAGAAUGCGUUGAGCGAAGACUUUGUAUCUACGCAGCUGUUAACUGCUUUAAACUACUUUGCGGUGCCGGUGGUUUUCGGGGGUGCAAAUCACACCAGAUUUAUGCCCCACGGAAUUUAUUUAGAUGCCCUGGGAAAGGAACCAGUGAAUUUAGCACGGACAAUGAACGAUAUUAUUAAUAAUAUCACGUCUUAUGAGAGCAUGUUUAGAUGGCACAAAUAUUAUACAUAUCACGACUCUCGUGAAGCUCCCGAUACCAAUAACUUCUGUGCCUUUUGCGCUGCUCUCAACGACGAACAUCGACAAAAGGAAGCAAAAGUGUACAAGAAUAUUGUUAAGUGGUUUAAUGAGCGUAAAGAUUGGAAUGUUGUUCCUGUAGCUUCAAAACCGAAGCGAUCAGCAGAAAUGAAAGACCAAGACAAAAAUGUUCACACCACAUAUAAACCAAAACCAUACGUAGCCAUAAACAUUAAAUACCCUCCUAGGCCAACUUCAGCUCCAAAAGACGUGGAAGACGAUUCUUGCUCGGGAAUUCUGUCAUGUCUUAAAAGCACAUUCAAGAGUGUAUGGAACUCAUUGUAUAUAAGAUGGUAGAACGAUAAAAAAAUUAUGUCAUUGAUUUUC